UUCACAUCCUCAAAACCCUUUGUCCAAAUAUCACCGUGGUUCUCAAAUGGUUUUGCUUCAGGAGUCAUUUUACAAGCAGCAACCCAACAAAGUGACAGAAUUGCUUCGUGCACAAAACAAAAAUGCCAAACAUUAAGUUUGCACAGAGAAAGAAAAUUAAUGAAUUAAUAUCUAAAGUCAUUGCUUAAUGCAGGAGCGAUGUGACAAAAAUUAUUUAAAAUUCACAAUGUGCACUUCAUUGUGAUGUGAUAAAAGGCAAGUUUAUUUUUGUAGCACAUUUCAUACACAGUGGUGAUUCAAACUGGAUUUCCCAAAAAAAAAAAAAAAAAAAAUCAUAACAGAUGCAUAAGAAAAAAUAAAUAAAUAAAUGCACAUUUUUUUUGCAGAAUUUAAAAUGUUAAAAAAGGAAAGAAAAAAUGUUACAUUGUUAUGCAGCACAGUGCAUAUUCAUUAAAUGCACAGCUAAAAGCAAAUUAAAAUGUAGUAUUUCAUGCAUUAAAUUAAGAUAUGAAAAUGUUCUGUAUAUUUGCCUGCAGUGUAAAACUCUUAAAAUGUGCUGAACUCUCACAUGCAUUCAUAGAGAGCUCAUUUGCAUUUGGCUUUGCAUGUCCUAGUGAUCACUAGGUAACAGUUAAAAUCUUCCACCCGUGACAACUUCCAUGUUCUGUAGUUUUAUUGUAUUCACAUUGUUUGAACUUUGCCGUAUCAAAUUACAGUCAAACAAUAGUUCACACUUUUUAGAAGUUUUAUUCUAAAUCCACUUUCAUAAUUGAGUUUCAUCUUAAAUGUUUUCAUUUAUUUAUUUAUUUUUUGCGUGGUUUUGUUGUUUAUAUGCGCUUUAAAAAAAAUAAAUAAAUAGAUCAUUAAUGUUCAAAUGAAGUGUGAAAAAGCGCGUUCACAUUUCAGUUUCCACAGUAAACGCGCCGAGUCGCAUAUUUAUUCUGUUUAAUAUUCAUGAGCUGCUUGACGCCAAGUGCACCGUGGUCAUCUAAUAUUCAUGAGCUGCCGCUCGCCAUUGGAAGGCUCCUGAGCGUGACGUACGCGUAACAUAAUUAAUAUUCAACAGUUACGCUUCCGCAGUAGUGGUUUGUAUUUUCAGAUGCGCUUCUGUAUUUUCAGAUGCGCUUCUGCCGUGGGAAGAUAUUUUAUCCUAUUUAUUGGCGAAUAAUUAAUAUUUUAAGGAUUUUAUAUGGCACGUGAGAUAUGUUAGCGUUAAAAUAGGAUAUUAGGCUUUCUUCUGCUGUACAGUGGACUGUAAAGGAGAUGAUGAAGAAAUCAAUGGAUCAGCAAACUGUAUCCAAGAGAUCCUUAUGAUCAACAGCAGAUGAUUUUUCAGAGAAAACUGCUGGAAGCCGUUCAAUGACGAAUCUGAACUGCUUCGGGCGACACCGCAGACGGACGGCCCCGCAGAGCGCCGGCAGCAGAAAUGAGCUGUUCGCUCUGCCGCUUCACUCCAGGAUCAACGGCUGGUCUCUGCCUCUGCACAGCUUCCAGCUCCUCGCCUGGCUCGUCUACAGCUUCAUGGCCAUCGUCGGCUUCGGCGUUUACGUGCCUCUUCUGCCGGCGCCGUGGAGCUUUGCAGCGUACGCCUUGAUCGGCACGGCGUUUGUUCUUCAUUUGGUGAGUCACGUGGCGGCGGUGACGAUCGACCCCGCGGAUCUGAGCGUUCAGAGGAGGAAGGAUUACUCCAGCCCCAUGCCUGUGUUUGACAAAAACAAACAUCAGCACGUCAUCGACAAUCUGCACUGCACGCUGUGUGAGGUGGACGUCGGACCUAAAGCCAAACACUGCAGCACCUGCAACAAAUGCAUCGCAGACUUCGACCAUCACUGCAAAUGGCUGAACAACUGUGUGGGAGGAAGGAACUACUGGUUCUUUUUCAUAACCAUCUCCUCUGCUGUGAUUGGGAUGAUCCUCCUCAUUCUUGUGGUCUUGUUUGUCUUCAUUGAGCACUAUGUGAAUCCCGCUGUCCUGCGCACCGCGCCGCAGUUUCAGACUGUGAAAGGCAACGGCACGUGGCUGGUUUUCCUGCCGGCGGCUCCUUUAGAGACGAGCUCCAUCGGUCUGCUGGCGCUGGCCUUCAUCACCGUCCUGCUGGCUCUGGCUGCUCUCUUGCUGCUCUGCCACUUACUGUGCUUCCACAUUUACUUACUGUCUCAGGGCAUCAGCACUUAUGAGUACAUCAUCAGGAAGCGUCAGUUGCCGAAUCCUAAAGAGAAAGAGCAGGUUCCUCCGGCGCUGCCGUCUAACGGAGCCACCGCACAGAGUCUCGGGCCGCUGGAGUCACCUGUGAACUGUGACGCUCCGCUCUCCAGCAGGUCUUGUACUUUUAAACUGGAAGACAGAGGACAAACAUCCGGUCGGCUGCCAGAACCCAUCUGUGCUGAGCUGCAGGAAGUAAAUGGAGAGAGACAUCUAGAAUACAGCUCUGAAUCACCAACUCAAGUGAUCCCAGGUAAACCCGUGAUGUCACUUCCUGUGGGCAGGACCCCCAGCGGGAUAGAGAAGCCUCAAGCCCCGGGACGGAGCGUGGAGAAGCCUGCGGAGGGAAGGCCGAUCGUCCAGGACCCGCUGGGAAGCUCCAUCAUGGACACAGCAGUGGUUCAUCAGCAGCUGAUGACGGAGGCGCAGACGCAGUAUUUAGGGUUCAAAGAGUAGAUGCCAUGAGUCAAAACUCACAAACUGAUGCACACAGCAAGACCUGCCUAAAAUCUGAUUUUGAAUCAUUAAGGAUGUAUAUAUACGUAUAUAUAUAUAUGUAUAUGUGACCCUGGAGCACAAAAGCAGUCAUAAGCAGCACAGGUAUAUUUGUAGCAAUAGCCAACAAUACACUGUAUGGAUCAAAAUGAUCAAUUUUUCUUUUAUGCCAAAAAUCAUUAGGAUAUUAAGUAAAGAUCAUGUUCCAUGAAGAUAUUUUGUCAAUUUCCUACCGUAAAUAUAUCAAAACUUCAUUUUUGUUUAUUAAUAUGCAUUGCUAAGAACUUCAUUUGGACAACUUUAAAGGCGAUUUUCUCAAUAUUUCAAUUUUUUUUUGCACCCUCAGAUUCCAGAUUUUCAAAUAGUUGUGUAUCAGCCAAAUAUUGUCCGAUCCUAACAAACCAUACAUCAAUGGAAAGCUUAUUUAUUCAGCUUGUCACACACCGAUCGAUCUGAUGGUGAUGAUCCGCUUCAAGUCGAACAAGCCUAAUGAUUCAGUGAACCAUUAACUUCACUCCUGAAUGAAUCAGCCAUUUGAACAAAUCAAAUGAAUGAAAGGUGAGGAUAUAUAAGUGAUGAGAAAGAACAUAUCUCUGGAUUCACCAAUAUUGUGUAUGAUGUAUUGAAUAUAUUUUAAUGAAUCCUUUGUUUGAGGCACUUAGUAGCAUGUAAAUUGAGAAGCACAAUUUUUUUUAUAGAACAUAUUCAUAAACAUAUUCAGUACACAGAAAAAUGACUGAAAUCUUGAACAUUGUACAAAAAUCAUUGCAACUUUUUAUCUCAUUUUGUCCUGACUUUUCUUCAGAAUUGCAAAAUAUAAAGUCAGUACUAUGAGACAUAAACACAAUUCUGAGAAGAAAAGUCGGAAUUCAGUAAUUGAAAUAAAGCUAAAAUAAAAUAUAAUAUAGUAUUAGAUGGAGAAAAGAAGAAAAAAGCUUAUAUUUAAGUACUACAGUUACUAAAACUAAAAUAAAUAAAAUAUAAAUUAAUUAAUAAACCAAAAAAAAAAAAAAAAUAUAUAUAUAUAUACCUGUGUGUGUGCGUGUGUAUACACACACCACAAAAAAAGUCAGAUCUGUACAAUAUAAACUUGUUUAUAUUGCAAGAAUAAGAGUCAGAAUUGUGAGAUAAAAAGUUGCAAUUACCUUUAUAAUUUUUUUUAUUCUGUGGCAGAAGCGGUCUUAUACAAAUAUGCACUCUCUGAUGAAUUUAAAGUUCUGUUUCUGUAACAUACAGUAUGUUGUUUACAUUGUACAGCUGUUUUAUUUUAGGUGAUUUAUAAUAACUCAUUAAAUGCAAACAAUUUUAUGACACCGUUGCAACUAUAAGAUUAAUGAAUGAAUUAUAUUUGCAAUUUUCUAUUUUGAAAUAAAGGCUUGUAGCUGCG